UAUUGGACUGGUGCUGGUGCAGUUUUUUCAUGUUCCUCAAUUAAAAAACCAUUCGCUAAUUUUCCGGUGAAAAAACUACCUAUUCCAACAUGCCCCGAACUCAGCCAACAAACAAGCUCGGUGUGUACGGCCAGUACGAUAUCAAUCCGGAAAAUGCAGUUUCGCUGUAUCUGGAGUCCAAGCUCAAAAACAAAUGCUACAUUAAGCCCCCCAACUGGGACACGGCCCACCUGGGCUUUGAUCUGAAAGGCAUUCAGCAGAACCGACACUAUGAGGAAGUGGCCAAAGAGCAGGCCCACAUGCGCUUCCAUUCGCAGGAGCAAUUUCGGCAGAAUGAAAAGAGCCUGGCGGAAGCGAACAAAAAACUCGAUGCCCUGUGGAACGAUUUCGUUGAAGUCAACACCUUCGUGAAGGACUGCGAAUCGAAGGAAAAUGAAAGCUUCGAAAUUAUGGCCAACGAUAGAGAAAAGCAGCGGGUGUAUAACGAAAAAAUUGAACAGUUGGACCAAAGUUUGGAAAAACUGAAUGUAUUUUUCGAGAAAUAUAAAAGCGUUAUCGAACAAUAUGAGCCGUUUGAGGAAGUUUUACGCAAAACAAUAAAAAUGAACACCACUUUUAGUACCGUGGAUGAUCUAAUGAAACGAAGUGAUUCUCUGCUGUUGGCCCAGGUGGAAAUAUCCAAAAUCGAGCAGGAAAAAAUCAAGGAAAUUGAAGCAACUCGAGCUAACCUUCUGAAAUCAACCAAAGCUGCACUACAAAUCAUCACUGGAUUGAACAAUGACCUGUCUCAACUACAGGGUCAAUACACCGAAGCGUGGAACGAGUGUCUGAAGUGGGAAAAAUCUAUCACCACCUCCAAGAGCUACAUGAAGGACAACGAAAUGAAGACGAACGUCAUCUCGGAUGCCAUCUAUCAUCUGUACAGUUUGAUUAGCAAGCGGCUGGGCGAACCACCCAAAUUCAUUCGGCAGGAGGUGGAAAACCAGCUGGAUUUCAUCAAGGAGGAGAUCGGAACGUUGCAAGCCAUUUUGAAUAUUGCCGUGGCGAAAAUGAUGCGGGACAAGAUGAGCGUUUCAGUCGAAAAGGGAUCAUCGAAAUACCUUGGACAGCAAAAAAGAAGUGAUUAGGAAAAUGUAUUCUUCCAAACGAAAAAUAGUUUGAAUAAAUUUUCUAGUGUCAAUAUUUC